AUCCCAAGAUUCUCUGGAAGACUACUGUGGUAGUUACUCCCUUGGAUGAACAGUCUGCCAGGAGGAGUCGUGUUUCGUUUGCGGAAAUUAGGAAGAGGAAAAGUCUCUUGUGAGUAGUGACGAUGCCUCCCAAAUUUAAGCGUCACCUAAAUGAUGAUGAUGUCACUGGUUCUGUAAAAAGUGAAAGGAGAAACCUCUUGGAAGAAGAUUCAGAUGAAGAGGAGGACUUUUUCUUGGGCCCGACAGGACCAAGAUUUGGACCUAGGAAUGAUAAAAUCAGGCAUGUCCAGAACCAAGUGGAUGAAGUCAUUGACGUCAUGCAAGAAAACAUUACCAAGGUGAUUGAAAGAGGAGAGAGAUUGGAUGAGCUACAAGACAAGUCAGAUAGUUUGUCGGAUAACGCGUCAGCUUUUAGCAGUAGAGCCAAACAGCUUCGAAGACAAAUGUGGUGGCGUGGCUGCAAAAUGAAGGCUAUCAUGGCAUUGGUUGUGAUUAUCCUUUUGCUAGUGAUCAUCAUUCCCCUAGUCCUGAAAUAUCGUACUUGAUUUGUGACCAGAGACCUCCAUUAAAGCAAUCCCAGGACAAUACACACACAAAAAUUGCUGCAUAAUGUAAAUGAAACCUCUGUAUAUAACUUUCAGAGAUCAUUUUUCAAGAAGGGUAAAAGAGGCAAGGAUCUGGGCCAAAGCAGAACAUUGCAACCUCCCAGAUUACCUACUGUUCCUAACCCAACAAAAUAUGCUAUCAGUCAUGAAAACAGAAUUCCUUUACCACUGUGCCAUUCUCCUAAGAUUGUUUGCAGCUAGAUACUUGCUAAUUCAUUUAUCUGUAUAUAUAGUUUAAGCAUUAAUGUUAUUUAUAUUGUAACAAGUUUCCUACUUGUGUAAAGGAAGCAAAUUAAAUUGUUUCAUUAAGGUGGGAGUGGGAGAGAAGCAGCCGCUGGAAAUAGCUGAAUCAGUACGUUAAAGAGGACAUUGACCAUUUAGUAAAUAAUUGCGGGCGUGUCAUUUCAUGUUUAAAGUUAGGUUUUGCCAAUAAAUUGAGGGUAUGUGGAGUUAAAUGUUUUCACUAUUGCUUCUUACAUUUAUGACAAGACAUUCCAGUAACCUAUUUUUAAUAGGAUGCCGGGCAUUCAUGGCACAUUUUUGAGUAGGAGGGUUAAUGAGGAAGAAUAGUUGGACAGGGUGUGAGUGAUGUGGAUCCAUCAUGCCAGUGGAUGGACUAGUGGAGAAGGUCCUAAGGAGUGUUUGACCAGGGAAGGCCUGCAAAGUUUGCUGCCCACUCUGCUCAACUCCUAACUUUUUACCCUAGUGAAGAAGAGAGCAGGAGUAAAUUCAGAUGGCCCCCACUCCCCCACCCCCCAAAAAAUCUCAGUGCUAGGCACCAGUCUCAACUCCAUAAAUUUAAGAUUUGCAACUUGUCUUUUCUUGAUCAUCCUGUGGUAGAAGUGCUAAUGUCCAGUGAACUGACCAAAAGGCAGGACCUGGAAAAUCCCUUAAUAAUAAGAACUGGCAGCCCUCUUAGGGGUUCAAUAGUCCUCAUGCUGUGUUUAAUAUGAAAAAAGACAGGUUAUAAACGGCUGCUAUUCUUUAUCAAGCUCUCGUUCAAAUGUUUCCACUCUACAUCAAGCAAAAUGCGCUGAGUAUGUUGACAAACACUAGGGACAGAUUAUUUAGUAGUAUUUAUUGAGUGCCUACUGGGGCAGAGCACUGUACUUAACCCACGGGAGAGUGCAAUGAUCUCAGAUUGUAAAGCUAAACUAGGAUAUAGGAUGGAAACAAGUGUGUAAAUUAUUCAUUUAAAAGGUAUUGAGUGGCAAUUAAAUUAUGGACUACAGAAUCUGUAUUGUAUAGGCCCAGUCUUAGGGGCUGAGCAGUUAGAAUGAGAGAAAUCUGAAGUAGAAUCAAUUUUAGGUCAUUAAAAGCAACUGCAAAUCAUAAGUACAUUAGCUAUGUUUGCUGUGGCUAAAAGCAACUGAGGUCUUUUCCAGGUUUGAGCAGUAUUGUGGAAGCUUUGGAUGAGCAGUCCUCAAGCUGUGUAAACACGUGACUGAAAUGAUCAGAUGCAGACAGUAGUUCAUUUUCCAUAUUUCAGUGGCUAAUUGGGUCAGCCCUGUGCAUCAGCUAGAGUGGAUGGAUGUGUACUCAUUUGGGUUUCCCUUCUGUACAAGUUCACGUUGUGGAGCUGUCCUCUGGAAGCAUCCCAUGGAUUGAGCCAGGGGCCAGUAGUGAAUUUUUCACCGGAUCCUAGAGCAAUCGGGGCCAUCCAGGACACUCAUUAGUGAAAGUGAAGAUUCCCUAUUGGAUUGUUUGCUAUAGUGUUACAUUCAUGGGGAAAGUGUUAUUACUUUUUAAAAUAAAUGUUACUGAAUGAAAUAAAGGAAAUGUUUAUAUGA